GCUGUGCCCGCAGGCGGGCGCCUGGCGGCCCUGCUGCUGGCGGCGCUGGCGUGGGUGCCCGGCGGGGCGCCCGCCUGCCCCGCGCUCUGCACCUGCUACGUCUGCGCGCCCACCGUCAGCUGCCAGGCCAACAACUUCUCCUCGGUGCCCGCGGGGCUCCCGCCCGGCGCCCGCCGCCUCUUCCUGCAGAACAACGUCAUCAGGGCGCUGCGGGCGGGCACCUUCGGGCCCAGCACCGUCACCCUCUGGCUCUACUCCAACAACAUCUCCUCCAUCCAGCCGGGCACCUUCCGACACCUGCCCGCCCUGGAGGAGCUCGACCUGGGUGACAACCCCCACCUCCGCGUCCUGGCCCCCGACACCUUCCACGGCCUCCGGCGCCUGCAGGCCCUGCACCUCUACCGGUGCCAGCUGGCCAGCCUGCCCAGCGGCAUCUUCCGUGGCCUCCACAGCCUCCAGUACCUCUACCUGCAGGAGAACGGGCUGCUCUACCUCCAGGACGACCUUUUUGCCGACCUGGCCAACCUGAGCCACCUCUUCCUACACGGGAACCGGGUGCGGGCGCUCUCGGAGGGCGUCUUCCGAGGCCUGCCCAGCCUGGACCGCCUGCUGCUGCACGCCAACCGCCUGGUGGCCAUCCACCGCCGCGCCUUCCAGGGGCUGGCCCGCCUCACCAUCCUCUACCUGUUCAACAACAGCCUGGUGGCCCUGCCCGGGGACCCGCUGGCCGCCCUGCCCGCCCUCCAGUUCCUGCGCCUCAACGCCAACCCCUGGGCCUGCGACUGCCGCGCUCGCCCGCUCUGGGCCUGGUUCCGCCGCACCCGCGUCUCCAGCUCCCCCGUGCCCUGCGCCAGCCCUCCCCACCGCCGCGGCACCGACCUGCGCCACCUGCGCCCUCGCGACUUCGACGCCUGCCCCGAGGAGGAGGAGGAGGAGGAGGAGGGGGAGAAGGAAAAGGAGGAGAAGGAGAGGGAGGAGAAGGAAGAUGGUGGCGGUGGUGGGGUGGCGGUGAUGGGCACCCCUGGGCGGGCGCUGGGUCGCCCUGGCACCCUGCCGGCCGCACCGCCCUCCGCCUUCUACCGCGACGGCCUGCCCCCCCAUGACCUGCGGGGACCCCAGCCCCGGCCACCCCCCCCAUCUCUUGACUCCCGGGGUCCCUCUGGUGAUGCCCAAUGCCCCCAGGAGCCCUGCGCCCCCACGGCCGCCGCCAUCCCCCGCCAGACCCCCAUCCUCCUGCCCCUUCUGGGGCUGCUCCUGCCCUGGCUCUGAUUCCCCCCAGGGGGGGUUCUGGCUCCUUGGGGGGCCUGUGCCCCCUUCUCCCCAGGGGGGGUCUAGAACUGUGGGGGGCAGCUGGGGUUGGGGGUGCAGGAUGCAGGGGCGCCCACCCCCAUCCUGAACGGGAAAAACCCGCAACAGGAACCAAAAGGUGGAAAAUUAUUUAUUAAAAAUGGUCUUAUUUUGGGAGAGCGAGGCCUGACUGCUGCAGGGCGGGGGGGCGGUGGGGGCCGCUGCCUUUCCAGGUCACCGCCUGCUCCUCCUGAAAUAUUGAUGUCCCCGGCAGCGCCGCGGCGGCUGGAGGGCAGCGAGGCGUGCACAGCUCGCUGCGGGGAUG